AUGGGCACGAACAAGUGUGCCAGCCAGUCCGGCAUGACAGCCUAUGGCACCAGGAGACACCUCUACGACCCCAAGAACCAGAUCCUGCCACCCAUGGACCACUCCACCAUCAGCCUCCAGAUGGGCACCAACAAGUGUGCCAGCCAGGUGGGCAUGACGGCGCCCGGCACCAGGAGACACAUCUACGACGCCAAGACGGGGACGGAGAAGUGCGACAACUCCUCCAUGUCACUGCAGAUGGGCUCCAACCAGGGCGCCAACCAGAGCGGCCAGGUCUUCGGCCUCGGCCGCCAGAUCUACGACCAAGUACUGCCCACAGGGCAGCCAAAGUACUGCCCGCAGGGCAGCCAGGGCGAGGUGGCCAACGCUGCCUGCGAGCAGAGCGGGGACCCCCCCGGGUACCACUACUACCGUGAGGAGGAGACCUACUGA